CUUGCGCCCAUCCCAAUAGUCCUUCACGUCAAGUCAUCCAAAACCGUUCCGUUCCGUUCCCCGAUUCAUCGCUGGGUUGUUUUCCGUUCGCAAAGGUUCGCGCGGUCAUCAGGCUUACUGGGGAUAUCUUGUGGUUCUAUCGUCGAGGCAAGACACUGCUAGGACAACGUGGAUUGAUUCGUUUACGAGGGGGCUGACCUCCCCGAGGAGGUCAUCCCAGCUACCCAGAGGGACCGAAAUGAGUCCGCAACGCGGCGCAAAACGGAUCGAUAAUCCUGUCACCAUGGUAGUCUCACGUCAAUAUGAACCCGAUGUCCCUGGAACUCAAUUAUGUGGAUUGCAAGCUCGACGAUCGCAGCGCUUUCCACGAUCCCGACCGCGAUGGCGCAGAGGUCGGUCCGUGUUUGGUGGAGUGAGCUGGAUGUUUUUGGUCUUAGUAGUGUUGUGUACAUGCCCGACUUACGCGGCGUUAUUGAAUUUCGACAACUGUUUGAAUGCGGCUGUCAUCGAAUCGAAUCCGCGACAACUUCAGUUCGUUCCGCUCGACGUGUCGGUCGCUUUCAACUUGAAAGACUCUCUCAACCCCCUCAACAUCACGGUCUAUGGAAACGUUUCAGGAACGGCUAAUGGGGAAACCUAUCCAAGCCCGGAUAGUCCCGACUGGUCCAACCCGAAUGAUACCGUGGGAAAGAUCGUGGAUGUGGACUUUUCAAGUAACAAAUUGAGCACUCUUGUGUCGGAGAUCAACGUGCUCAGUUGGAAUCCAUACCAUGAUGCGUCGGAAUUCUGUGACUCUGUCACUCAGGGGAGCUGUCCACUGGGUCCUGUGUUCUACGCUAAUGCGAGCGAUCUUUCCGCCUUGCGAGCCUUUUCCGUCCAACAUGACAUGCAAUCCGCGUACCAUUUCUCGACCUUGUCGGCACGCCUAUUGAUCAAGUCCGCCGAUGCGGCUGCCACAAGGAUCGGUUGUGUCAGUGUAGAUAUCACUCCUGAUCUCGGGACGUCUCUUCGAAACACAAUUACCUACAUCCCAGUGGUUAUUCUCUUGCUGGUCGGGAUCGCUACCGUCACUGCAGCUAUUUACAGCCCAUGGGGAACUACCGAUCCUUUCCACUGGACUAGCAACUAUGGACGCGAUGAGGACGUCCUUCGUCUAGUGACGCCGGGCUUUGGGGAUUGCCUCAACUACAUUCAGUUCGCGGUGCUUACUGGUGCCCUGUCAUUGGAUUACCCUGGCUACUAUCAACCUGUGGUCAGCCAAGUUGCCUGGUCAUCCCUCAUGUUCAACCAAAGCCUCUCGGCCCCCGGAAAGGAGCGGAAUCCUGUAGUCGAUGGCGUCUAUACUGUCAAUGCUACCUACGGACUGGAUAGAUUGAAUCAAUAUGUGGGGUUGCCAACAUCCCGCGACAUCUGGCCCGGAAUGAUGGUCUGGAUGCUUGUGAUUGUGGUCUCAGUCACAGUCAUUAUUCAAAUAGCCUUCGGGCUUCGCACCCUCCAUCGUACAAUUGCUCAUGUGCCGGAAGAAGACCUUCGUUCAAAAAACAUGCCUUUCACCAUUGGAAACGUCAUCCGGAUCGUGUUCAACUAUUUGCUGCUGCCACUUAUCUCUUUCUCGUUCUUUCAAUUAGUGAUUGCCGGCCAUUCUCCAGCAUAUUGUGUUGUCUUAGCGGUUGUGGUCAUCUUGAUCCUGGCAUCAUUCUCUAUUUGGACAACUCGCUUGAUCGCGACCACGCGCCCUAAAUCCUACUUAUUCGAUGACCUGUCGACGGUCCUCCUCUAUGGCCCGCUGUACAACACUUUCUGCGACGAUGCUGCCGCCUUUGCUCUGGUACCAAUCUUUCUCUCGUUCGCCAGGGGUAUUGCUAUUGGAGCCUUGCAGCCGUCAGGAAUCGCUCAAAUUGUGCUCCUCGCCAUUUGCGAAGUGGUCUCACUGCUGACCAUAGUGGCGUUUCGACCGUUCGCAUCUCCCACCUCCAUGAACCUUUAUCAUGCCUGCUUCUCAAUCAUCCGUUUUCUCACCAUCUUGCUAAGCAUCGUCUUUGUCCCCUCAUUGGGUGUUUCGCAGGCUGCACGGGGUUGGAUCGGAUAUAUUAUUCUUUUCCUACACGCCCUAGUGCUUGUUUUCGGUUUCUUCCUUAAUGCCCUCCAGACCUUGAUCGAAGUCAUCGCACGUCUUGCCGGAGCGGGAGGUAACGAAGGUGGUGUAACUCGAGGUGGCCUGGUUAAGGUAUUUGGUAUGCGGCAGCUGUCACGUCGUGUGCCCAGGCAAAGUGUCGGUACGCGUCAGAGCAUGGGCUCAGAGGCGGCGAUGUUGGCCCAUACCGACGACCGGCUCUCUUCCCAAUUUGAUGGAUCCAGACCGCGAAGUCUUUCCGGAAGCUCUGCUAUGCUUCUGCACCGGGCGGGUGCGAGUGAAGGCCGUGCUAGUGCCUUCUUCGAGUCAGGAAGCGCACAGGGUGGAACUCACAGUCGAGCAAAUAGUAGCGGAUUUUUUACGCCAUCGACGCCCGGUGGGUUUGCUGGCGCAGGCUAUCAGACACCGGGUAGCAAUUCUCCCAAGAGCGGACCAGUCUUCGCCAUGCAUCCGCAUGAUCCCUAUUACCGACCACCCAGGCCGCGCAAGAAGAUUAUCGAGAUCGGCGUAUCGAGGGAGAAGUCUCGAGCAAGAAAACGAGCGGCCAGCUAUGGGGAUGUCGAUGACGAUAUUAUGGAAGGCCCGUCAAUUUCUGGAAGAAAUACACCUGUUCCCGCAUACCUCCCAGCACCCAAAGACGAUCUCGACUUGGAGGAUCCUCGUCAGUCUAGAAAGGACUAUGCAGUGCGCGAGGUCGAUUUCUAUUACCGUGUGAGGGGUCCCCCGCUAUCACAGUCAGGCACACGCAAAUUGAAGACAGGCCCUGCUGACCCCACGGGCCCUGUUUCGUCUGCGACUGGCUUCUUCCGAAACUUGCUCAGAGGGAAGACCAAGGAGAAAGGGAAGGGAUUCGAAGUUGUCCGGAGUGCUAGGGCACCACCGGCAGGUCUAUUCCCGGAGGGCGAGGAUUUCCAUGAGCCGUAUGCAGAUGAGCCCGAGGAGCCUGGGGCCGCAGAUCAUGCCCAUCAAGAGUCUGAUAGUUCUCAUGAGUAUGAAGAUUCUGAAGGUGAGGGUCACGAACGGACCCCGGACAUCGCAAUCACGCUACCAAACGUUGAUACGGGGGGCGCCAUUGAGCUUCCAAGUCGCGUAGGCUCUCACCACAGCUCUCAACCUCCCUCCACUGAACCACAGAACACACAGCAAGACAGCACUAUCGGCGCACACGCUGAAGAGACAUCAUUAUCACGCGAAAUGGUUCCCGAGCCCGCUGCGGGGGAGCCGGCCGUUUCCAAUCAGCCUGAAGAUUUUACUCCUGCCCAGUCUCAAAAUCAUCUUCAUCCCUCGGCAUCCGUGGCUGGCCGAUUGCCGUUCAGUGCGGCCAGUUCUCCCUCGCGGGAUCGCAACUUAUCUAUUGCCUCAACAACCGCCUCAACUACCUCCAGCCGUCGGCAUGGAAAUGCGGAGAACUUACGCAUCGAGCGCCCGUCUAGUAUGGGCUACGUCGCUCAGUAUCGUACGCAGGAUAAGAUCCAUGAAGCCAGUCCAGAUGAGCCAUCUUUUGCAGGCAGUGCUGCUGAGCUGGUAACCGAAGCACAUCACCCAGACGGUGACCGCCAAAGCAGCAACUCAAAAUAGUUCUAUCUACCCGUGUCACUACUCCGAUCUUCCUUUUCCUCUCACGAAUCUCCUUCUUAUUCGCUGUCACCUUUUCCAAAAAUCAUUCUGCGCCGGAGUUUGUGAUAUACGCUUGGGUCUCGCCACAUAUGCAUCAUCAGUAUUCCAUCGCAAUCUGCUGGUCAGCGUGUUUCUGUUUUCCUCGCCACUUUUUUCUAUUCUACAAGCGUUCCAUCUCCG